CGGAUAUGCCAUUAUUAAACCACUUGAGCGAAACAUGCUGUUUGUGUUUCAAUCCGACUACAGCCUGGGAAAUGGCAGGUCUUGGGAUGCUGAUACUGUACUGCACUGCGCAGGAGAUGAUGAUUUAAUUCGAUUGAAUAGAUCAUCAUAUCACUCCCCGACGGCCACCCCAAAUGAACGAAGCAAAAAGAGGGUCCUGAAAGGUCCAAUCUCGCCAGUCCCACGCGGCUAACCAACCUGGUCAGAGGUCGCGCACGUCUUUACUUACAGCGGCAACCCUUUUUCGCUUGGGAC